CGCGCGUCCCAAGCAACGCCAGACAACGCAUUGCACCCGCAACGCAACACGACGACGGGCUCCCAGAGAGCCAUAGGCAACCCGUCCUUGCUGUUGCUUGUUUUUAUUUUGCUUCCUCGACAUUUCGAUACGAUACUCGGUACCAUAUGACGCCUUUGUUCUUUCACUUCCACCGAGCUGCUGUUGCUGCGCUGCCGCUUUUGUGGUGAAUCCGAAAAAAAAGAGUAGCCUUCCAUCACUCCUUCACAGCCAACACAAGAUACACAAUUCGCCGCCCCACGAUAGCAUAAGAAGUAGUGCACCGAAAACAGCUUCUCUUCCCCUCUACGGACAGAUAGGAACCUCCACACGCUCGCGCAAUCCGUCACCCGUCGAUUCGAUCACACUUUUGAGACAACGGCACAACUGCACCAGAUACCGAACAGUGCUUCAUACCCUCCGCAGUACAGGGUUCGAGCCUGGGGACCAGGACUGCACAAUCCCGACACCCCGUUCGUUCUACUGUUUGCCUUGCGCGCGAUUAACCUUAUACAAGGAGGAACGCAUUCCGCUCGCGCACCCGAUCCGAGAAAUCCCUUCCUCUCUUUCGCUUUCCCAUCAUGGCCAGCUCACCGCCGGCCUCCCCUGGGAAUCAUCUACCCCAAAGACCGCUGAGCGCAAUGGUGCGACCAUCACCACGGAGCAACAGCCGUCUGAGCAUGACGAGCAAACAUGGCGGUGGAAGCAAAGCCUCCGACGAAGACUCCCGGACGGCCGUCAAAGUCGCCGUGCGUGUUCGACCGCCUCUGAAGCCCACAGAUCCAGGCUACGAACUAAUUCCUCAACGAUUUCAAAGAUCUAUGGCGCAGGUGACAUCGAACACGAGCUUGGCAAUUGACUCACCACAAGGAAGGAAACUCUUCGUAUUUGAUCGCGUCUUUGGCUCCGAGGUUGAACAAGAAGGCAUUUGGGACUACUUGCAGGAUUGCGUCGGCGCUUUCAUCCAGGGCUACAAUGUAUCGCUGUUGGCGUAUGGCCAGUCUGGCGCUGGAAAGUCGUACACGAUGGGCACAUCAGGUCCUAUCGAUCAGGACGACCUCGAGGUGAUGGGCGUUAUUCCCCGAGCGGCGACGGCUUUGUUCGAAAAGCUCGACGGCCCGAAGAAACAAGCGAAUCGUGGCUCCAUGUCUCAGCUGAGAGCACCACACAGAUACUCCGCCCAACCAACAUCGACCUCAGCAGCGGACAGGACAUGGUCUUUGAAAGCAACAUACCUCGAAAUUUACAACGAGCAACUGCGCGAUCUGCUUCUUCCUGACCACGUCCCACAACACGAGCGUGGCAACGUCACAAUCCGCGAAGAUGUCAAGGGGAACAUCAUCCUGACCGGCCUGCGACAGGUUGAAAUUAACUCAGUGGAGGACCUCAUGAAUGCAUUGAAUUUCGGUUCGACCCUUCGACAGACAGAUGCGACGGCCAUUAACGCCAGGUCUUCCCGGUCCCACGCCGUGUUCAGUCUCAACUUGGUGCAGCGGAAGAGCGGCCUGCAGGGCUCAAAUGGGGCCGAAAAGCGUUUCUCCGUGCCCAUCGAAGCUAUGACGGGAUCCGAGACCUGGGUUACCACAGACAGCAAGCUACAUUUCGUCGAUCUGGCAGGUAGUGAGCGGCUGAAGAACACUGGCGCACAGGGCGAGCGUGCCAAGGAAGGUAUUUCCAUCAACGCUGGCCUGGCUGCGCUCGGAAAAGUCAUUUCACAACUCUCAUCACGACAGGCCGGGUCGCACGUCUCUUAUCGCGACUCCAAACUCACCCGUCUACUCCAAGACUCGCUCGGUGGAAAUGCCAUCACGUACAUGAUUGCCUGCGUGACACCUGCCGAGUUCCAUCUCAGCGAAACAUUAAACACCGUCCAAUAUGCACAGAGGGCCCGAGCCAUCCAAAGUAAGCCACGGAUUCAGCAGGUGGAGGAGGGUGACAAACAGGCCAUCAUUGAUCGUCUGAAGGCGGAGGUUGCCUUCCUGCGCGAGCAAGUCCGCAGCGCGGAGCGAGGCGGGGGCGAGAGGCGCAUCGCCUCCACAGGCGAGCGGUCUGAGCGACACAAUGAGCGUGAAAGCGAACUGCAAAAUCAGCUUCUGGACGUCCAAGAAAACUACACGACCCUAAGUCAACGUCACGCAAAGCUUAUUGCUGAGAUGGCUAAGGCCCGCGACAACGAAGCUGCCGAGAACAAUCAACACGAGGAGUCUAUGGGCGACACGGCCACGGAGAGAUUGAAUCGAUCAAACUCGUUCGCUGCUGCAGUCGAGCAAGUCGUGCUCGAGUACGAGAAGACCAUUCAAACUCUUGAACAAUCGCUAUCCAGCACGCGCGGCACACUCGCCAAUACCGAGGCAAAUCUGCUAGAAAAAGAGACCAAGUGCACGUACAUUGAGACCAUCAACACACAGCUGCAGGCGCGUUUGCAAAAACUCAUGGAUCGGGAAGCGAGUACGGAAAAUUACCUCCACGACCUGGAGAACAAGCUGGACGGCCACACCUCUGGGGAGGAAAAGAACACGACGAUUAUUGUGGAACUGCGCAAGGAGAUCUCGCGGAUCAGAGAGAAUGAAGCCUCUUGCGAGGACUACAUUUCCACCUUGGAGGAGCGACUCGCCGAGGCCGACCAGGAUGCCGAGCUGAUGCAGCGCGAAAUUGAUCGACUAGAGCAGGUGAUUGAGCGCCAGCGAAGUCUCGGAAAGCUGGACUCUCUGCUUCACGAGCUGGACCACAUUCAGGGCGACAGCAAAGUUCCAGAGCCAACUGCCGAAGCAUCGAACGGUGUUGCGCGCCAAAUUGCUGACCACAGUCGUAGCCAGUCUCAGUCGCGUGUUAUCCGCAUGAGCCAGAAUGAUAUCAUUCCUGAGCAUGCCGAAGAAGAAGCCGCGGCGGCAGCUGAGGUAACAGGUCCCGUUCAAAACGGCGAUCACAUCGAAAAUGGCACCCACGUUGUGACACCUGAUGCGAAGGAGAACCUUCAGGCCGAUAUCAACGACUACCCACCUCACAGCCCUGCUCAGUCCAAAUUCGUGCACGACAAGCUGGAGAACGUCACUCAGGAGCUUAUCGACUUGCGGGUAGAGCAUGAGACCACGGUCAACGAAUACGACCUUCUGCACUCCAAGUACGAGGAAGCCCUACGCACCUUGGCAGAGCUUCAGGACACUAUCGACGAGUCUCGCCACCCCGAACGCAAGGUCCGAGACUCUAUGAUGUCUGUCACUUCUCCCAACCUGACUCGACCACCCUCGUUCUUCUCCGACGCCAGGUCGAGUGAUCUCAAAGACGGCGGCCAAUUUUCAUCACGCUCUCUGUCAUCAGAGCUUUCGUCGGCGUUGGAGUCGCCUGCCACGGUUGACCCGUCUGAUGCCGAGACAUCAGUGACUGUAAAGCCUGAGUCGGGUCCAGAACAUUUGUCAACGGAGGAUCUCAUGCACCAGGAUCUCCUGGCGACGGAGGUUGAGAGGUUCAAGACUCUUGCCGCCGAGAAGGAGGAUGCAGAGAAGGAGCUGGCCGAGAAGUACACACAGCUUGAACAGAAGCACCACGAAGCCCUGGAUAUGCUGGAGGAGCUGAAGACCGAAGUUGCCCAAGCAAAGGCAUUGGAGGCGUCGUCGCCACGCACUGGCCAACCCGUCAUUCGCCGCAAGUCCAGCCAAAAUGUUAUGAUUAUCGACCGCGCUCAUCGAUCUUUUGCGUCGCUCCGCAACAUCGCCGCAGACAACUUCGAAGGCCAGCCUGAUGUCAUGCAAAACUUCGAGCUUAACCUCAACGCAGCCAUGCACGAGCUGCAUGCUCGCUCGGAGCGCAUUCAGGAGCUCGAGGCUGACAUUGCGUCCGCCAAGAAAGAGAUGGAGACUAAAAUGGCUCUGAUUUCUGGGCUUACUCGUGAGCGAUCGAGUUUGCAGGCGUCUCCGAUGGAUAUGUCGAUGAUCUCCACCCUGAAGAACCAACUCGAGGCCAACGAGAAGCAGAUGGCAGAAAUGAGAGAAAACCACGAAGCCACCGAGAAGAGGCUUAUGGCCGAGCUCGAAACAUUGCGCACUGCUGUGAGGGAUGCUCCUGCUGUGGGUGAAGCCCCUCAAGGUACUACCGAGACCGUGGUUGCGACCGCCGCGGCCGGCGCCGUUGCCGACAUCCCCAUGGCAUCGACUGAGGUGGCCAACACCGAGACGAGAUCUUUGCAGGCCACAGAGGAGAACGACAAGAAGAUCACCGAACUGCAAGCCGAACUCACGGCAUGGGAGACGAAGCACCAGACAGCCCUCGACACCUUGCAAGAGACGGAGACGAAGAUGAAAAAGACCAUCGAAGAGCUCGAAUCUGAAAUUGUAGCGCUGAACACGCAGGCCUCCGCGCACUCCACUGCUCGGAGUGCUGAGGAAGUCAAGGAGAUCGAGGAGAAGCACGAGACGCUGGUCAAGUCACUUCGCGACGAGAUUGACGAGCACAAGGUUGCCAUCACCACCAACUCUAGCAAGGUAUCCGAACUGGAAGCAGCGCACGCUGCCACCAAGACGGAGCUGGAGGACGUUAUCAGGGCCCGUAACUUGCAUGAGACACAGGCGAAGACGCAGCAGAGUCUUAUCACGAACCUGGAGAACCAGAUUACGGCCCACGAACAGGCUCUGAAGACGCAUCAAGAUGGUAUGAAGCUGCUUCAGGAGAACCACGCAAAGGAGCUCGAGGAGAUGAAGCAGAUGGAGCAGAAGGGAUACGAGGAGCAAGUCGCAGUCUUGCUCAAUGAGCAUGCGGAAAAUGUCAGAGCCCUCGAAUGCGAGCUUAAUGACGCCCGGGAAGAUCUCAUGAAGGUCGCUACUCAAGUUGCGUUCGCGCUUGGUCUUGACGUCAGCAUCGAGAAGAUCACAGAGCGUAUCGACGACUUGAUUGCCGACCAGAAGGCCUUGGGCGAGGAGCAGAAGAAGUCGAGCGCAGCUGAGAAGCAGGUUGCCGAGUUGUCGACCGUUAACGACAACCUGGUCAAGGAACUUGAGCAGGCCAAAUCGACGCUGACCGAUCUCCUUACUGCGGAGGGUGAGCCAGUGAAAAGCCCUGCUCCUCUCCCCGACCAGCUGUCUGCUAUUCGUAAGAAGAUUUCAGACUUGCAGAGCCGGAACAAGAAGAACUCUCGCCUUGUGGAGGAGCUCGAGGAUCAGCUACAGAGCAACUUUGAUCAGGUCCAGAUGACCAACAACCGCCUGUCCACGCUGCAGACAGAGCGCAACUCGCAGAUUGAGGAAGCUCAGGCUGCCAAGUUCAAGGCUGAAAGCGAGCUUGAUUCACUCAAGGCCGAAUACGCGGCCCUCCAGGCCAAGAUUGACGAAGCGUCGGCUUCUGGCCAAGUCCAAAGAUCCAACUCGAUUAGUUCCCCGCUGCGGAAGAGCGCCUCUGUUGCGUCUCUGCCCUCUCCGCCGCCGGCCAUUCCCUUGCCGCCGCUGCCCGGCGCGUCGUCCGGCCCCAACGGCACGGUGCCAAGCACACCCACUCAAGCAGGCCGACCAGGCAGCAAAGACAACAUGGGCCCCGUCAACCAAAUUCAAGAAGACCAGGAGGCUCGCAUUCGCACCAUCGAGAAGCAUCUUCAGGCCGAGAAGCAACUCACUCAGACUCUGGAGGAGGCCCUCACCGACCUCGAGCGUCAGUCGAACAAGGUCAAGGCCGACAGCGAUGCUUGGCGCAAGCGCUGUGUGGAGUUGGAGUCCGAGGUCAAGGAGCUCAAGGACCGUCCCGCGCCUACGCCGCAAGCCGACAACCGCUGGAGCUUGCACGCCGUUGAGGAGGAACGCAAGAAGCGCCAGGCUGCCGAGGCACAGCAGCGUCUUCUUGAAGAGCGCAUGAAUGCACUGUCCAAGAAGAAGAAGAAGGGUUCCCUCAACUGCUUCUAGUUGAAGCCUUGUUGCUGGAACCUCGCAUCUCGGAGGGACCGAGUCCGACUGGAUUGACCUGUCCCGCGUCAUGGACAUCGAUUGGGCCGGGGUUUUGGUUGUUUUUCUUUUUUUCGGCGUGGCGGGGCGUUCUCUUGAUUUUCGUUUUUACCGUUUACACUACCCCUCGCGCCAUAUUGUAUUUUGCGUUUGCGGCAUUUUUAUGCUGGCCGACGAUGAUUCCCCUUACGCAUGGCGAAACCCAGAAAGAUUGGGCAGGAGUUUCUCAUACUGGUGGCUCGUACGUGCUUUUUCUGCUGGGAGGGUAUUGACGAUGGACCACUCCUUUUUUUCAAUACCACUACGCGACUUUGCUCAUACGAUAUGCACCAUCCAACCCUUCACUUCUCUUUGUUUCUAUUCUAAUUAUUUCUCUUACAUAACAUUUUGUUUUUACGAAUAGCAAGACCGACGUCGUGCACUAAUGACGGCACGAGGGAAGGAUGAUGGUGGAUGGGAUGGUGGUGGGUUGGAGACGGACCGGUUGCGUUUCUUGGCGGUCUCUUGAGGUGUUUGCGUGGCCGGGCUGACUGCCUUUGGCUGCCUGGUUACUCAAAGAAGGUCUUGAGAGACAAGACGAGGGGGGAUUUAGACACCUUGGCUAGUGCUAGUCUUUGGCGCUCGCUGGAAUGCCGUCGGCUGAAUAAAAAGUGGUUUGGAAGUUCAACUUGUGCUCCACGUAUCGUGCCUCAUGCCGUGUUUCUGCGUUGACGAUGAUCCAGGCAGGUCCGUC